CAGUCGAGUUUCGAUUGUUGGAAGGUCCGAAACCCAACACUGAGAGAGUAGGCAGCAUCUCUCUUUGGAAGUAGAAUUAUGUCGAAUUCAGUGAACUUGGAGGAUGUUCCAUCGGAGAGCAUCACGACGGAGAUCCUCCGCCGUAUGCGGUGCUCCUCUAAGCCCGACAAACGUCUUAUUCUCAUCGGCCCACCUGGAUCUGGGAAAGGUACACAAUCUCCAGUUAUCAAGGAUGAGUACUGCUUAUGUCAUUUAGCCACGGGUGAUAUGCUGAGAGCUGCUGUCGCUGCCAAAACGCCUCUGGGCAUUAAGGCGAAGGAGGCCAUGGAUAAGGGAGAACUUGUUUCUGAUGACUUGGUUGUUGGGAUAAUAGAUGAAGCAUUGAAGAAACCUUCGUGUCAAAAAGGAUUCAUUCUUGAUGGAUUUCCAAGGACUGUGGUGCAAGCAGAAAAGCUUGAUGAGAUGCUUCAAAAUCGGGGGACCAAAGUUGAUAAAGUUCUUAAUUUUGCAAUUGAUGAUGCUAUUUUGGAGGAGAGAAUUACCGGGCGUUGGAUCCACCCAGCUAGUGGCAGGAGCUACCAUACAAAGUUUGCAUCUCCUAAAGUUCCUGGGAUAGAUGAUGUCACUGGAGAGCCUUUGAUACAACGCAAAGAUGACACCGCUGCUGUUCUUAAGUCAAGGCUGGAAUCCUUCCAUAGGCAAACUGAACCGGUAAUUGACUACUAUGCGAAAAAGAAUAUGGUAGUGAACCUUCCUGCAGAGAAAUCACCUCAGACGGUCACAAAUGAAGUGAAGAAAGCCCUCUCAUGACGGAAGGAUGCUUUAACCUCUCUUCUUUUCUUUCUUUCGUCUUGAAGAUCUGAAAACUGGAACUCUGAAGUUUUGAUUUACUGACAACAUCUCUAGAUGGCUGAGUCACCUGAAUGUUGGUGAGUUUAUUUCUUUCUGCACAUUGAUAGACUAGUAGGCUUUUUGUUGCCUACUAGUGUGUUGUACCCAGAUUAGGAGGCCUUUAUUUUGCAAGGAGAAUAAAAGAUACAAAGUAGGAGCCACCACCUUUUCGGGGUGAUUGCCAGAUAAUUGCUGGGCUUCUGGACAUGUUUGGAUAUUUAACGCAUGUAGGCAUGCCACAUUAAUAAGAUUGAGACGUUGAAUUAUUAACAGUAAACUCUCUUCCUGUCAUUGCACUGUCUAACGUGCAAUUCAGAAACAGACUUUGUUUGAUUUAUUUUUGGCUAAUUGAAACUAGCAUACAGGACCUUCAUUUGAA